AAAUGGAAGAAGUUGUAACCCACAAAAUAUUCAUCAAACCAUUCAAACUCUCAACAACUAUUUCAAAGAUAAAUAAACCUUUCAUUUGUUGUUUACUAGAAGGGGGAAAAAAUGGCAAUGAGACCAAGAGGCGGUGGCGUUGGACCUAAUCGGGGACCUGCAGCACGGGCAGUUUACGAAGAUUUUAGGCCUGUUCAUGAGCGGCAUCAAGAUGAAGAAGCUGAAAAACUAGUUAUUUAUCUUCCUGGUUUCAUGAAGGAGAACAUCAGAGUGAGUACAGAAGGCAAGAACACAGUGAGAGUGCGUGGAGAACGGUUUGUAGGAGGCAACAAAUGGCAUCGCUUUCAAGAAGAUUUCCAAGCACCUGAUGACUGUAACAUGAGAGGCAUCCAUGCCAAAUUUGAGAAUGGAAUCCUCAUUAUCACUAUGCCAUGGAAAAUGCCAAAGCAGUUAGCCGAUGAACACACAAAACAAUCCGCUCCCAUAAUCCCUCAUAAGGAUGAUAAUGUUCCUCCCAGAACCACUCAUCCAACUGUUGAAACCCCAAGAAAAACCACAGCUCAACGUGCUGACAAAGAUCAAGAUUCUACAAGAAAUGAGACAUCAAAGACAACUUACCCAACUACUGAAGCCACCCCAAAAAAACCAACCCAUUUAAAACCCACAGCUCAACUGCCAAAACCUCAACAUGAUGACAAAGAUAAAGUAUCUACAAGAAAUGAGACAAUGGGGAGUGCUGAAUCAUCAAAGACUCAAAACGGCGAUAAUGUUCCUCCAAAAACAACUUAUCCAACUACUCAAGCCGCUCCAAGAAAACCAACCCCUUUAAAACCCACAGCUCAAUUGCCAAAGCCUGAAAAUACUGACAAUGAUCAAGAUUCUAGAGUAAAGGAAAUGAAAUUCUUUGACGACCAAUUGAUGAGCCCUGAAUCAUCAAAGACUCAAAUGGGUGAUGAAGAUAUAGAUUUUCCAGCUCUUAGAGCAACAACAUUAGGAAAAACUAGUGGUGAAAGGGAAAAACCAAAAGAUGAAAAGAAAAUCUUCGAAGGUCUAGUUGGGAGUAUUGAGCCAAAGAUUCAAAAGAGUAAAGAAGAAAACUUGGAUCAGAACAGAACACAACUGAUCAAAAGUGGCAAGGACGUUGGAAAGGAGGAGAGCCAUGAUGCAGGUGGAAAGAUCGUUGCCGAAAAGAUUAAAGAUUUAAGAGAAGAGUUUCAAGAACAGGUUGGCCAGAAAGGAUCAAAAGAAAAGGAAAGUACAAGUAAUGUAGCUGCUGGUACCUCUUUUUAUACUGGCAGUAUUAGCAACUUGAAGAAAAGCAUUGUGGAACUAAAUGAAGAGAGACAACUGCUUGUUAAUGCUGGAGCUGCUGUGAUGGUGAUUAUGGCUCUUGGGACUUAUGUUUACUACUCCAUCAGAUCAGGGAGAACUGAGUAAAAACAACCAACACUUGAGUUACGUAAAAAUGUACAAAAUUUACAUGGAUUGUAAUGCCUUAAUUAAUGCAAAUAAAAGAAAAUGGGGUUUACAAGUGCA